CGCCUCCGCAGUUGGACUCCAGAGACCAUUUCGUCCCCUUUGUUUUUUUCCUCCCGCACAGAAAUCGAACCUCCUCAUCCGGAGCGGCGGCCUCUUCCUCUCCGUCAAGGGCGGCGGCGGCGCCAGAGGUUUCUCUUCGGCGAGCUCCUCGUCGAUGAGGUUUCGCUCGCCGAGGUUCUGAUUCCGGAUGGGGACCUCGUCGGGCGCCAACUUCCAGCACCAGCAUCCGGCCACGCAGGGGCAGGGCAUGCCGCCGCCGCCGCGCCCCAACGGGCGCGCGCCGCCGGCCCUGCAGACGUCGCUCUCCCUUGGCGGCGCCGCUGCGGCCGCCGCAACCUCGCCGGAGCAGGUCGGCUCGCCCCCGGACGCGCAGGAGCCGCUGUCCAACUCCGACGGGGGGCACGACUCCGCCACCGAGAGCGCCAGCUCCCGGGAGACGUGGCCCGGGGAGCCCAGCACCGGCAAGAGCGGCGGCGGCGGCGGUCCUCCUGUGGCGGCAGCGCCGAUAACGGCGGUGAGGAUGGCUGGCAGCAAGGACAAGGAGGUGGUGGUGUGUAACGGCGUUCACGACCUGCAGGCCGUCCGGGGUAGGAUUAUCCCGGGCGCCGGUUGGGUGACGCUCAGGGAGAUUGCUCGGGACAGGGUGGACGUUGUUGCGGAGAAGAUGAAGGUCAUUGGUGAGGAGGUGCUGGAUGAGGUCAAGACCGAGCUCCGCUCGAUUCUGGAAGGGACUGGUGGUUCGCACCAUGUGGAGGAGUUCCUGUACCUGCAGAAGCUUGUCCAGGGCAGGGUUGAUCUGACCCCUGCUGCGCUUUCGGUGGCGCACCACGUGCAGCUGGAGGUCCUUGUCGCUAUCAAGACCGGGAUCCAGGCGUUCCUGCAUCCCAGCGUCAACAUACCCCAGAGCCGGCUCGCGGAGGUUUUCUUGUACAAGAGGUGCCGGAACAUUGCCUGCCAGAGCACCCUCCCUGCUGAGGAGUGCAGGUGUGGUAUAUGCAGCAGCCGGAACGGGUUCUGCAACCUCUGCAUGUGCGUCAUCUGCAAUAAGUUUGAUUUCGAGGUCAACACGUGCCGCUGGAUCGGGUGUGAUGUCUGCUCUCACUGGACUCACACGGACUGUGCGAUCCGUGAUGGGCGGAUUGGGACUGGGCAGACGAUUAAGAAUGGUGUUGGUCAUGCGGAGAUGCUUUUCCGGUGCCAGGCCUGCCAGAGGACAUCUGAACUGCUGGGGUGGGUUAGGGAUGUCUUUCAGCAAUGUGCGCCUGGUUGGGACAGGGAUGCCUUGUUGCGGGAGCUUGACUAUGUUUGUAAGAUAUUCCGUCUGAGUGAGGAUUCAAAAGGGAAUAAAUUGUUCAGGAAAUGUGUUGAGCUGGUUGACAGAUUGAGGAGUGCUUCUGCUGAAUCCGUAAGUCCUAGGAUGCUGCUACAAGCUCUCCAAGAGCUGGAUAUUGCCUCCCCAAAGAGCUUUGAGAAUGAAGAGCCAGGGCGCUCGAUCACUCCCCAGGAGGCCUGCAACCGAAUUGCCGAGGUUGUCCAGGAGGCUGUCAAAAAGAUGGAGAUUGUUGCUGAAGAGAAAAUGCGAAUGUAUAAAAGGGCUCGCCUUGCUGUGGACGCCUGCGACCGCGAGCUGGAGGAGAAGGCCAGGGAGGCCCAGGAGCUGAAGGCGGAGCGGCUGCGGAAGCUGCAGCAGGCAGAGGAGCUGGAGAGCAUCAUCCGCCUGAAGCAGGUGGAAGCGGAGAUGUUCCAGCUGAAGGCCAGCGAGGCCCGGCAGGAGGCAGAGCGGCUGCGGAGCGUCGCGCUGGCGAAGAAGUCGGAGGAGGCGGGGCAGGACUACGCGAGCAUGUACCUCAAGCGCCGCCUGGAGGAGGCUGAGGCGGAGAAGCAGUACAUCUUCGAGAAGAUCAAGCUGCAGGAGAACCAGCGGCCACCGCCGCCACAGGCUGCUAGCAGCGGUGGCCUUGGCAUCGGUGGUAGCAGUAGCGCUGGUGACCCCUCACAGAUGAUGAUGCUGUCCAAGAUCCAGGACCUGCUGAAGAACGUCCGCAGCAUGCCGUCCAGCAAGUCUGACGGGCCGCACCCGAAAUAGCACCAGCGAGGGCUGGCAUUUCCGCUUCGAUGGGUCUCCUGAUUAGUUAAACCUGGUUGGUAACCUUAGUUGCUGCUGUUCUGCGACUUCUGUAACUCCGGUAAUCCAUGGUAGUUUCGUAAUCAUGUUUAUUAGCGAGUUGUCUUACUGAUUGUUAGAUUUGUACUGUGUGUGUGGGAUCAUGGUAAGUUAAGUGUAACCAACAGCGUAGCUAUACAGUUGAACUGGUCGAUCAUUGUAUUUACAACUGUUGCAAUGUAAGAUUGAUUUCACUAUGUUGAUGCAUUAAGUUUAUGGGAAUGGAAAUGGAAGGUAUCAGAGCCUGCUGAA